AAACUUUACUUUUUUAAAAAAAACCUAAUAAUAAUAUAUUAAAUUUUUAGAGAGAGAGAAAAAAAAAAUAAGAAACAUGGGUCUAAAAAACUACCUGAGCCGCAGCAGCAGCGUUAUGUUGGUGAUCAUCGGUGUAGCCGUCUGUAUCGGUACCGUACAUCCCAGCGACCACUGCGCCCGACUGGACAAACGAGCCAAUCGAUGUAUACUACAGCCGGAAACCAUUGAGGGUCCGUACUAUUUGAAUCAACGACUGGUCAGGCAAGACAUACGCGAAAGUCAACCGGGCGUACCGUUCAGAUUGCGCCUACAGUUCACCCAUCCGGACACCUGUGCACCGUUAAAAAAUAUACGUGCCGAUCUGUGGCAAGCUAACGCACUGGGCAUGUAUUCCGGCUAUAUUGGCUUUCACGGACCAGUAGACGCCAAUGGACACGGACAGCCUAUUGACAACUACCGAUUUCUCAGGGGUACACAGUUUAGCGAUGCCAAUGGUUUUGUUGAUUUUAUCACCAUAUUUCCCGGUUGGUACCCGGGUCGUACCGUACAUAUACACGUGAUAGCCUACUCGGGACCCAAUCGUAUACAUACGGGUCAAAUCUAUUUUACGGAAAAUUUGACCCAAUAUAUCGGCCAAUUUAAUCCCUAUCGGCAAUCCCGUACUCGCCGGGUGCGCAAUGAAGAAGAUCAGUACUUCACAUCGGAUAACGGUGCCCAGUCGACCAUCUACAAUGUCAAUGUAGCUAAUUAUAAUAGUACCUAUCCACUAUUGGAGGCUAUAAUGAUUAUUGGACUCAAACAGUAAUCGUAAUACUAAUAAAAAUUAUUAUUUAUUAUAAUAUAU